CCAUUCUAGAAACACUGGUAUUCGAUAUUACACCGUAUUUCCAUAUCAAGGAAAUUGAAUUCAAAAAGAGAACGCACAAUUGCGUCAUACAGUCGUCUCGACGUCAAAAAGUCUUAACACUUCUAUCAAUAGUUUCUCAGUCCACAGCGCGCGAAAAACGUUAUAUUAGUUUCCGUCAUUCAAAUAACUCGAGAAAGGAAAAUACAGGAGCCGUAAAUAAACUUACCGGCGACCUCAUCACCUUUUUUUGGUUCAAUUUAUUUAAUUUGUAAAGUAUCUUCACAAGCGAAAUUUGACAUGAAGCUCCGUUUGAUCUUUGUGAGUUCAUAACUAAUGAACUGACCGGUAAGGUGUUCUAAGGGUUUAGUAUAUGUGCUUUAUUAAGCGGUGGACCAAACUUAAAGAAAAAAGGAAAGAUAUCAUUUUAAAGAAAAAACAAGCAAAUAUCAGCCAUGAAAAAAAAAACGUUUCUUUGAGUGAGUAAUUAGACCCAGUGAAAGAUUUAGAUAACCAAGAACGCUUGCAAAGAAGGAGUGACGGCAAUUAAGACCGCAAAGCCUUCACAAUGAUGUCCGACGAUUACAUUGGCUUGACGUUUGCAUUUACCGUAAUGGUAUUGACGGACCUAAUAGGAAACACCCUAGUYAUCCUGGUUGUCAUGCGCAAUCGAUCCAUGCAGACGCCAAUGAAUUACCUGCUGGUGAACCUGGCCRUCGCAGAUAUGAUGGUCGCCAUCUUUAUUGCCGUCCAGUUCAUCUUUGGACCUCUCUACACCCACCCCGAUGGCUCCAUUGGUGUGUUCCUGUGCAAGUUUAUAACCGGGGGAACACUAACUUGGACUGGAGCUGUGUCUUCGGUGUUUAACUUGGUCGCGAUAUCUGUCGAGCGGUAUUACGCAAUACUGUUCCCGCAUUCUCAAAAAGGAAGAAUCAGCGGUCGUAAUCUGAGGUAUAUAAUUACAGCCGCGUGGAUAACGUCAUUGUUGUGGAACACGCCUUUGUUUAUUAGCGUAACAUAUCGCUACGACAUCAAGCGUUGCGGUGAGCAAUGGCCCAACUUAAUCCUCCCCAAGAUUUACAGCUUUGGAUGGAACGUUGUUGUUGGCGCUAUUCCCAUUGGAAUCAUGACGUAUAUGUACGCAAGAAUCGUCAAGAAAUUGUGGUUUGAGCAAGACAACUCGACACAGCAAGGUGUCUUGAAGACAAGAAAGAAAGUUACACAGAUGGUGAUCGCAGUGAGUGUCAUCUACGCUGUAUGCUGGACACCGGGUCUUGUCAUGUACUUUUUGGCAUACAUGUUACCGUGGGAGUCCGUGCACUCCGUAGUCYAUCAGGUAACCAUUGUACUCACGACGUUUAAUUCAAGCAUCAAUCCUAUUAUUUACAGUCUACAGAGUGAAAAGUUUCGACGCCAUCUUUGCGCAAUUCUUUGCUGCGGAAAGCCAUGUUGUACUUCUCGAGUGGAACAAGAUAGCCAGGAGAACCCAAUCCAAUCUUUAGAGUCAGCUUCUUGAAUGCGACAAGCUUUUGUUGCGUUUUCAUCAUCAUCAUCAUCAUCAUCAUCAUCAUCAUGCUGUCCAUGUCAUCGUUAGUCAGCAUCAACAAUGGCCAAAAGACAGGCGUUUUUAAUUUGACAAAGCAGCAAAUCGCCCGAUCAAAGGGUUAUGUAUAUAUCGUUAUCAUCCAUGCUCUCGGUAACUGAUCUGGUGUAUAUAAAUACCUUCCAUGAGAGUGAAUGGUCUGAGCCCAGGUGUAAGCGAUGAUUGUCCGGGUGUGAGAAGUCUUGAACAAGACUGUUACAGUUACCUGACGUUUCGACAUCCCGCAUGGAAGUCAUCUUUACAGUGAGAAAACGAAGAUGACUUUCACGCAGGAUUUCGAAACGUCAGCUAGCUAUAACAGUCUUCCCCAAGACUUCUCACACCCGGACGAUCAUAUCACACCUACAUUAAAUACAUGACCCUUCCAUUUGGAAGAAACUAUUUCUUGUAGAAAUAUUUCAGUGUACAUGUUCACACUAAAAAGUGUAUAUACUCUAUAUAAAAUUUAAGAUAUUACUACUAUUACAAUCUUGGUGUAGUGUGUCGAAAGAGGUGAUUUUAAAAACGAAAACAGUUUAACAUAUAGCAUGAAAUUUACAAACUCUUUAGUGAUCAGAUUUAAAAAGAUUUCUAGAAAAUACUAUUACAAUGUUACCAGCCUACCAUGACCUGAAUAACAAAACCUAUCAGUCCACUAGCUAGGACUAGCCAAUCUAUAAGAACUGUCCAAGACGGACGUUGACUAAAACUGUCACCAUUCAAAAAUGGCAAUGUUUGUUUAUCAUUUAACAGAAUGGAUGAAAUUGUAUUCUUUCCUUUCCAGAAUACGAUGCGUGAAGUAAAAAUGUUACCUUUUAGAAUCUACGUGAUGUGUAAUAUUCUUGCAGUGAAUGCGAUUACCAAAAAACGUGCGUAUUAUGGUAUGCUUAAAAAAUAAACAACAACA